CAGCCGCGGCGCUCCGGGAGGGCAGGGCCAGGCAAGGGCGGGACUGGCCUGAGGCAGGCGGACAGGAGAGCCGAGAAGCUAACGGGUCCGGGCGCGGGAGGCGGCGGCGGCGGUGGUGGCGGCGGCGGCAGCUUUCUGCACGGGUGGAGGCGGCGGCAGGAGCGGCAAGCAUGGCCCGCGCGGCGCCCAGCGCAGACUGAGUGCUGUUUCCUGCCUUUGAUUGGAUGGGGCCCAAGAGUCAGACAUGUUUCCAGAGCCUGGCACCCUCUACAAGCUACGUGUUCAUACAGAAUCACAAGAAAUCCAGAGAAUGAAAAUUUGAAAUCCAGGGAGAGCUCUUCCUGUCCCACCACAAGGCUGCAUUGGUUAAUUUAGGAGAACAAUUGCCCUGUGGCCCUAACUGCUGGCUCCCCUUCCUUGGCUGCAUGUCCUUGCUGAGAAUUGUGGCGUGGCGAGGCCUGUGACCAUCUGAUUCCUGACCUUUGGGCUCAUGGGCUGGAGAGUAUCCAGGGUCAUGCUGUGGCAGCCUGGCGCCUGACAGGUGUGGAAAAGCCUGCCAGGGGAUCACUGCUGGGAGGAGCCAAGGACAGGACAGCCUCACCCCAGAAGCAGGGGUGGGCAGAAGCUGCCCUGCCAGGGCCAACGGUCCCAGGAAGGAGUCUGGAGUCCUAAUGAGGAGCCCCGCACCAGCUCUGCCCACCCACAUGGCGUAGUGUCUGGCAUCUUGCUAAGCAGCAGCUGUCCCCAGCUCCAGAGGACCCCACAGGAUGCACGGACGGACGAGUAGGCGUUUGUGAUCGACUGUGCCCCUGCAGCAGGAGGCUCGAUCUCCAGGAGAAAGGACCAGCACCUCUGAUGAGAAGCAGCAGUCCAGACGCUAUGGAGAAAGUCUUGGUUUCUGCAACCCUGACGCCAGCGGAGAUCACUGAGAUUAUUGGGUUUUUUUCUGGCCUUCAGUCAUUCUCUUUUCCCCUGGCCAAGGAGUUGGGCCAGGACGGCCUGCAAGUGUGAUGAGGACUCGUGCAUGGGAUGCAGGCCUCCUAAAGCCCGUGUGUUCUCUGCUGUAAUCAGGGUUCCAGGGAUUCCCCACUGCAGGGGAGGAGGGGCUGCCUUAGUGUCUGCUCAUGAGCCACAAGGACCCAGACUGCUCCAGACUGGACCUUUUCAAGCCACCAAAGAGGGGGGUCCCCGGAGCUGGCAGCCAGCACUCACAAGGGACUAGAGGGCUGGGAUGGACUGACCUCUGCCUUGACGGGGCGGCAGAAGGCGCAGAACCUUUGUGGCCCAGCUAGUGACUGAGAGACCCGAUGAAGUUCUGAGCAGAGGCUCUAGUGGCUCAGGGACCGGGGGGAGGGAGGGAGGCCAUUCCUGCUUUCUCCUUUUGUCGAGGGAAGGUGUGGCAAGAGUCCCCUGCCACACCUCGUGCCCCUAUGCCCUUUCCACGUGCUGCCCAAACCAGCAGACUGCACCGUGGCUGGCCCCACAGUGGGCUGGGAAAGGAUUGGCCACGGUGACAGCCGCCCCGUGGCCAGCACAAUGAAGUGCUCCCUUCGAGUGUGGUUCCUCUCUAUGGCCUUCCUGCUGGUGUUCAUUAUGUCUCUGCUCUUCACGUACUCACACCACAGCAUGGCUACCUUGCCCUACCUGGACUCGGGGACUCUGGGCGGAACACACCGAGUGAAGCUGGUACCGGGCUAUACUGGGCAACAGCGCCUUGUCAAGGAGGGGCUUUCGGGGAAAAGUUGUACCUGCAGUCGCUGCAUGGGUGAUGCCGGCACCUCUGAGUGGUUUGACAGCCACUUUGACAGUAACAUCUCACCUGUCUGGACGAGAGAUAACAUGAACCUCACCCCGGAUGUCCAGCGGUGGUGGAUGAUGCUGCAACCCCAAUUCAAGUCACACAACACCAAUGAAGUGUUGGAGAAGCUCUUCCAGAUCGUGCCCGGUGAGAACCCCUACCGCUUCCGGGACCCCCAGCAGUGCCGGCGCUGUGCUGUGGUCGGGAACUCAGGCAACCUUCGGGGCUCUGGCUAUGGGCAAGAAGUGGACAGCCACAACUUUAUCAUGAGGAUGAAUCAGGCACCGACUGUAGGCUUUGAGAAGGAUGUUGGCAGCCGAACAACUCACCAUUUCAUGUACCCGGAGAGUGCCAAGAACCUGCCUGCCAACGUGAGCUUUGUGCUGGUGCCCUUCAAGGCCCUGGACCUGAUGUGGAUUGCCAGCGCCCUCUCCACAGGACAGAUCCGAUUCACCUAUGCUCCAGUGAAGUCCUUCCUUCGAGUGGACAAAGAGAAGGUCCAGAUUUACAACCCAGCCUUCUUCAAGUACAUCCAUGACAGGUGGACCGAGCACCAUGGCCGCUACCCCUCCACAGGAAUGCUGGUGCUCUUCUUUGCACUACACGUGUGUGAUGAGGUGAACGUGUAUGGGUUCGGGGCCGACAGCCGUGGCAACUGGCACCACUACUGGGAGAACAACCGGUACGCGGGCGAGUUCCGGAAGACAGGCGUGCAUGAUGCCGACUUCGAAGCCCACAUCAUUGACAUGCUGGCCAAGGCCAGCAAGAUUGAAGUCUACCGAGGGAACUGAGCAGCCUCAGGCGCCUUCAGAACCAGUCACUUCAGGGUCUGGCAAGCGCCGGUUGCCGCCCACCAAUCAGACUGCGCCGUCCCCAGCAACCAAUCAGUGCUGCAGUUGGGAGGAGCUUCUUUCUUAGCCAAUCACACAACUCAAGGAGAACUUCCGGCGCCGCCGUCUCCACCAAUCAUGGCCUUGGGAGGCGGCGGGCCUGGACCCCCUCCCCCAACCCCCAACCCCGCUUUGGAUGAGAAUUUUUCUGCUUUUUAAGAGGCCGGUCUGGGUCUGGGAGGGAGCACCUUGAACUGCUCAUUUCCAGCUUAGUCCCGAUGGGUGAGUGAAGCCCGCCAAAGAAAUGUGGUCCCGGCGAGAUACUUUCCAGGGCAUUCUGUGGCUCACCAGCUAGUAGGGGGUUGUAUUCACUCCCUAGUUGGGUUGACCUCCCUAGGGCCUCAUUAGUGUCAGGAACGGGUAGGAAGCUCCACCGGGUCACAUGCAAGGUGCUUCUCUCACGUGUGCCCUCACUCCUGUUCCCCACCACCUUCUCAGCGUCUGUCCUUAGGUCCUGGGUCUCCUCUCCAGCUCACCUGUUGAUUUGGAGACAAAAUGAGACCACCGGGACUCCGCUGCUUGUGCUCUCACACACGCGGCCCAAGUCUUUAGCCCUAAGGCGAGAGCAGCAGGGUUGGACAGUAGGCUGGAAAGGAGUGCCCUGUGCAUGUAUCUUUUUCUUUCAUUGUCACCCCAAAGAGGAGCAGGCAGCCUCUUGCUUGGGUGUUGGAUUUGCUUUGGAUUCAUACUUUAGUUACCCUCCAGCUGCCAGGGAUGGCUAUCCAACCAAGAUCGCUUGACAGUUGUUUGCAGGCCUUGCAGAUGGCUCGGAGCUUUGCUGGGGAGGAGCAGAUUGGUAUCUGCCAUGCAUGGCUCCUCCUGUCCGCCCCUUUACCAUGCUUACUCGCCUGUUCUAACCUACUUUCCAGCUCCUAAAGGGCUGGUGAGUCAAGAAUCGGGUUACAACUGGAAGCUAUUUGCAUGACUUGACCCAGGUCAAAGUUGAGGUUCAUUUGGGAGAAAGGGCUUCAGUGAAUGCCUCAGGCCCCAGAAAACACUUCCCUUCAGUGUCCACAUAAUAAUUUCCCAUUCUUAAUGAGUUGACAUUAACAAGCAGCUUCCUGGUUGGGGGACAGUCACACGUAAGGAGUGUGUUAAAGUUUGGUAUGAGGCAAAUACCCCUAAAAACUAAUAUAUGAAGAACUUUGCUUGAAUUUGUUCCUUCCAAGUUUCAAAAGCAGGGGUAGAGAAAAAGGGAGUAUACCGAGAAGGGCUGUAGCGGAACCUCUCAGGGCUCUAAUCAUCGUGCAGUCACUGUACCAGUGGCCGUUCUUGCCUGUCUCCGCUCUCCCAAGAAGCUGCUGUGAUGAGAAGUGGGAAAGUACUGCGAUUACGACAAACAGUAUUGAGAAGAAGAAUUUAUUUUUCCUCCUUUUGUUUUGCUUAAACCAUGAGUCACCAUUCUAGAAAAGGUAGGUCCCAGCACCCACAUCCUUUUUCUUCUACAGUUAUUUAAACAUUCAAUUUUUCCCUCUGUUUCUUUUCCUGAAUUAAAAAGAACGAAGUCCA